AUGAAUGGUCAUAAGGGAGAAGCUACAUUUAUCUAUGCUGGAUGUACAAAGGAUGCCAGAAAGGAGCUGUGGAAUAGGUUGAUUAACAUUAGUCAACAGAUGAGUUCCUCAUGGGUGGUGGGGGGAGAUUUCAAUUGUAUUACUUCUAUUGCUGAAAAAUCUGGAGGGAGGGUCCCAAAUUUAGUCAAGAUGAACAACUUUAGUGAUAAUAUUCACAGGGCUGGACUCUUUGAUUUGGGCUUCAAGGGGCCUGCUUUCACUUGGAAGAGGGGAGCCAUUUGGGAGAGGUUUGAUAGAAUGUUGGUUAAUGAUGCAUGGUUCAACCAUUUUCUCCUCACUUUUGUUACUCAUCUAAGUCUUGCUGGAUCAGAUCAUAGGCCUAUCCUUAUCAGUAUUUCUCACCCUGAUCUUAUUAUCAAGUUAAGUUUGUUGCAAAUUAAAACUGCCAAAGCCCUCAGAAAAUGGAGUUGGGAAACAUUUGGAAAUGUUCAUGCCAAAGUUCAAGAGGCAGAGAAUGAAGUGAAUAGAUUGGAGCAUGAGGAACAGAUAGACAAUGUGGAGGAAAAGGAACUGUUGACUGCUCAAAAUAAUUUCCUUAGUGAUAUUGAAUAUCAAGAAAAAAUUCUUAAACAGAAGGCUGCUAUGAAUAUUUUUACAGAUGGGGAUAGAAACACCGUAUUUUAUCAUGCCUAUAUAAAAUACAAGAGAAAGUGUAAUACCAUUCAUGCUAUUCAAAAUGCUAAUGGUCAGUGGUUACAUGAUAAUGCUGAAAUAGCUAAUGAUGCUAUAAGUUACUAUAAAAACCUGCUAAAUCAGGAACAUCAUCCCAGAACCCCCAUUGAGCGGGCACAAUUGAGCAUCAUCCCAGAACCCCCAUUGAGCGGGCACACUUUUCUGCUGAACUGA